AUUUUAAAAAAGGCGUUACUUCUCUAAUGAGGGAAAACUUCCAACUUUGAGGAAAGCAGAGGAGUUUCCCUUUUUGUGAACCUGCAGUUUGGCAUGCCCCUUUGCGACUUUCUCAACUAAGGUCACAUCAUAUGCAUACAUACGCGUGGUGCGUAGUAGCUGACUAGGGGAUACUUCCUAACAAGCUUCCUAUUGAGGAGUGGGAUUUAUCCGCCGAGGAGAAACCAAAACAGUUUAAUUUAACGUGAAGGAGAACGCAGUGAGAGAAAAAAAAUGGUUUAUGCGAUCUCGUGGGGGGAUUUCAUGCAGGCGUCAAGGGACAUCAUUUCGAAAUCGCCAGAUAGGACAAGAUACGUGAUAAAGUUGCAUAGGCCAACCGAGGGAAUUAUUUUGAAAGUCACGGAUAAUAAAAAUAGCAUAAUGUACCGAUUAAGCAAAAAUGACAACUUAAAGAGGAUAGAAGAAUUAAAUUCCCUUUUUCUGAUGUGGGGUUCCAGCGAAAACGCCAACGAGGCCUUCCCGCUCAAGCUGAGCAGAAGUACGGAUAAAACGGCCAAUGACCCCAAGGCGAAAAAGGGCACUUAG